UGGGAGUCCCCUGACGGAUGCAGGCUUGGCCCUCCUCAACCCUGCUCUCUCCAUCCACCCCUCGCUGGUGGCUCUGGAUCUAGGAGACUGCAUGCUGGGUGAUGAAGGCAUCAACCUUAUCUGCGGGCUCCUGCCGCCUGACGGGGCCAAGUCCGGCCUCAAAGAGCUAACGCUGAGUGCCAACCCAGGCGUCACAAGCAAAGGCUGGGGACGCCUGGCCAUUGCAGUGGCUCACAGCUCACAGCUCCGCGUGCUGAACCUGGACUACAACCCCCUAGGUGACCAGGUAGCAGGGAUGCUUGCUGUCGCUGUCGCCUCCAGUCGAACCCUUGAAGUUCUGGACUUGGAGGGAACAGGACUUACCAACCAGUCAGCCCAGACCUUGCUGGACAUGGUAGAGAAUUACCCCACGGCCCUACGGACACUCAUCCUGGCGGAGAACAACAUUAGUCCUGAGCUGCAGCAGCAGAUAUCUGACCUGCUCUCAGAGGGUGAGGAAGAGGAGGAGACAGAGGCUCGUGAAGUCACAGCCAGGGAGAAGAACCCCUGGAUCUGCCAGAACAAUUCCAGCUCCCAGAUGGUCCUGAUGACGUCAGGUCUUGGUGACAGCCUCUUAGCAGAAACAGAAAUGUAGCUGGGCUACCCUGCCUGCUUCUGCUGAGAAGAGCACCGUGCCCGCCGGAGGAGCGUGUGUCCGCUAGCCCCUCAGCCUCCGGUGGCCUGCCCCAGCCAUCCUCUCACGAUUCCAUGUUCCUGUCGAUGCCUCCCUCGGCUCUCUGAGCACCAGAGCCCGGUCCGAGCGAAUCUCUACACGUGUCUCUGUGUUGUCACGCACCCCGUCGGCUGCUUGUGAUUGUCCGGUCGCUGCAUGUGUAGCUCACGCUGCCCUGCCUCCCCCCCGCGCCCGGCUGUGCCCGCAGGGCACCAGCUGUAUUUAUUCAGAUGUGUAUAAGAGAUGUUCUUUCUAUUGCUUGUACUGCUGCCACAAUGAGAGUUUUAUAAAGGUCACAGACGUGGCACC